CGUCUUUCACCGGUCACCACAAACGGGAAGCAAAAAAGAGUGACAACAAACACCACGGACCUUUGCACAAAAGACUCGUACCUACUCUCUCUCUCUCUCUAAAAUGCUCUAUCUCUAGGAUUGGCACCCUUCUGCAGUUGCUGUUUCUCGAAUCCUUGUACAGGCUUGGGUUGGUUCAGACUAAGAAGAAGAUGACACUGAGAGCACCCAUUACUGGAUUAGGCAUGGCUUCAACACCAUCUGCUUCAUUACAGGUCCCAUCUUCUAACAGGCUCGUUAUCGUCAGGACACCACCUCUCAAAGCCUCUUUCUUUGGUGAUGGAGUGGCUGGUCUUAAAGUUGCACGACAACGAUUAGCUCAUUCCAAUAGAUCCAGAUGUAAUAGUCAUGGUGGGGGUGCUCUUGGUGUUCGGAUGAACCUUUUUGAUCGUUUUGCUAGAGUUGUCAAGUCAUAUGCAAAUGCACUUAUAAGUACAUUUGAAGACCCAGAGAAGAUCUUAGAACAAACUGUGCUCGAAAUGAAUGAUGAUUUAAUAAAGAUGCGUCAGGCUACUGCACAAGUUCUGGCAUCACAGAAACAAUUGGAAAACAAAUGUAAAGCCGCACAACAAGCUUCUGAAGAUUGGUAUCGAAGAGCACAACUUGCUCUUGGGAAAGGAGACGAGGAUCUUGCUCGUGAAGCACUUAAACGCCGUAAAUCUUAUGCAGAUAAUGCAAAUGCUUUGAAGACUCAACUUGAUCAGCAAAAGAGUGUUGUUGAUAACCUAGUCUCUAAUACUCGGCUUUUGGAAAGCAAGAUACAAGAGGCAAAGUCAAAGAAAGAUACUCUAAGAGCACGUGCUCAGUCUGCAAAGACUGCAACCAAAGUGAAUGAGAUGUUGGGAAAUGUAAAUACAAGCAGUGCUCUUUCUGCUUUUGAAAAGAUGGAGGAAAAAGUUAUGGCCAUGGAAUCUCAAGCAGAGGCGCUUAAUCAGCUAAGUACUGACGAUCUCGAAGGAAAGUUUGCAUUGCUAGAGAGCUCUUCAGUUGAUGAUGAUCUUGCCAACUUAAAGAAAGAACUAUCUGGCAGCACAAAGAAAGGAGAUCUUCCUCCUGGGAGGACUGCUGUUGCGUCGUCAUUUCCAUUUCAAGACACCGAGAUUGAGAAAGAGCUGAAUGAAUUAAGGAGAAAAGCAAAAGAAUUCUAGAGUUCAUGUUCUUCCAAUUGUGUUCUUGAAUCCUUAUUUUGACCAUUUUGACUCCAAGAAAUUGAUUUUCUUGUGCCAGAGAAGUCCAUGCAUAAAGAGGCAUUGAAAAUGGAAUCCAAAGAUGAAAUAGACGUCGUUUAAGUCCAGAAACCAGCUGUUAAUUAUGUGUAUGUGUUGAUUGAUUAUGAAUGAUACGAGUAAUCUCGUUAUUUGAUUAUUGUACAUUAUAGAUAUAUUCUCCGCCACUAGAUGAGAUUUCAUGUUGAUACAAGUUUAACCAUGUUCUAUAACAGCUUAUGAUCAUAUAUUUUGUUGACAUUC